AGUGUGGGUAGGGUACCAUAUUUUCCAUAGUGAGGUAAAAUGGCGAAAAAAGUCGAUAAACAUUAAUUAUAAUUUCGCUACUUUUCUUCAAAAAUGCUACUCCAAGAACCUGUUCAGGCAGCCAUAUGGGAUGCAUUGCAACAUUAUGGAUACAAGGAUGCUUUGUUUUUGGCAGAGCGACUGUGUGCCGAAGUGUUAUCUGAGGAGACCCUGUAUCUCCUGGCUACCUGCUACUACCGGGCUGGCAAGACCAGACAGACCUACGCCCUCCUCAAGAAGAGGGGACAGAACUCUCCCGAUAACAAGUUCUUGUUCGCGAGAUGCUGUGUGGACAUAGGAGAAUACUCUGAAGCAGAACUAGUGUUAGCUGGGAAUAUAUUAACAAGGCAGUUAACAAUGGACGAAAUAGAGAAACAAUACGGAACUUUAGCUAGUCAUAUAUUCAAUAUUCUAGGUGCUAUUUAUACUCGGACUGAGAGAUCACAGAAAGCUAUAGAAUGUUAUAAACGAAGUCUUAAGUUGAACCCUCUCUUGUGGUCGUCUUUUGAUGGGUUGUGCCAAUUAGGUGAGAAGGUGGACCCAAGUGUAGUGUUCCCAGUGCCCACAGUGGCCUGCACCAGUGUGAUCAUCCACAAUACGAAGAAGGCCCACACGGUGCACAACACCCCACCAAUCAUCAUAGCCGAGGUCCUAAGUCCCAUCACAGAGGCCCAGGCUCGUCACAUAGUGACCCUGACCAUGGAAGAGCCUUCCCCGCAGGCCCUGCCACACGCAGAGACCCUGGGCACCCCUCAGUCACACCCUGUUAUACCCCCACAGAGUCUACAGUGUACACCUCAAAAUGAAACUACUGUUAAGUUCCUUAGCACGCCUGAGCCAGGCCUAUUGGAGACAUGUCAGCACACGCCAGAGAACUGUGGGGGUAACAUGUUUGAGCAGGUGAUGGGAAGUAUAACCCAGGCGCCCAAGUCCCAUAGGAAGUCUGAACAGAAACUGGGUUUCUUUGGCAAGCAUUCUCUGUCCAUGAACCUGAAAGAGAAGUUCCUUGAGGAUUCCUCCCAUUCACCCAGUUUUGGUAUCCUGUCACUGGGUAGCCCGACCUGUGAUCAGAUGAAGACAAAGCUUUCUUUCAUUACGCCGUCUCCUGCGGAAGCCAUGAAUGAGUCCAAGGCUCCAAGGAAGCCUGUAACACGAAGAAUGAACCAAAAUCAGACCCUUAUGCCAAAGCCUCCUACUUUUAAUUCGGGUAGUAAUACACAGGAGAAUCAUCCUCAAAAUGCUCAGAACAACCCUCCAAAUGUGCGUAGAAGCUCACGUCUAUUCAGUCACUCCAACUCAAGUUCUGUCAAGGAGAACAACAAGCAGCAAGGAAAGACUCGCUUCUCCAGUCCCAAGGCAGCGGGACGAAAGACCAAGUCACGCCUGAGCAAAUCCAAGUCAGAUCUGAGUGACUUGCACAAAGGGGAGCUAAUACUGGACAGCAAGCCCAUCACCAUAUUGGAGCCGCAGCAACCUCAGAUACAGCUGGCACAGAUGCAACAGCAGUCUCUUGCUGGCAUCCUGAGCCUGUUACAGUCCCUAGGCCAGGCCUACCUGUCCCUGUCUCAGUACGAGUGUCGUCGAGCCAUCGACCAGUUCCAUGAGCUGCCCCCACAUCAGCUGAACACAGGCUGGGUCCUGUCACAGAUUGGACGGGCCCUGUUUGAGCUGCAGGAGUACCAUGAGGCUGAGAAGGUGUUCAGGGAGAUCUUGCGCAAUGAGCCGUACCAGAUCGAGGGUAUGGAAUUCUACAGCACAACACUGUGGCACCUGCAGAAGGAGGUUGAGUUGUCUUCACUGGCGCAGGAGCUCACGGGAAUCGAUAAAAACUCUCCAGAGGCAUGUUGCGCAACAGGAAACUGUUUCAGCCUUCAGAGGGAUCAUGAGACAGCCAUCAAAUUCUUUAACAGGGCUAUGCAGAUCAAUCCCUGGUUUGCGUACUCGUACACAUUGCUGGGACAUGAGUUUGUGUACACAGAGGAGCUUGAGAACGCAAUGGCAUGCUUCCGCAGUGCGAUACGAGUCAGUCCCAGACACUACAAUGCUUGGUACGGUGUAGGUCUAAUCUAUUUCAAGCAGGAGAAGUUCCGACUGGCUGAGAUCCAUUACAGGAAGGCUCUGUCUAUCAACCCACAGAGCUCUGCCUUGCUCUGCAACAUCGGAGUGGUAUUGUAUGCCCAGCAGAAGUCUGAACAGGCCCUGGCUACACUGGACAGGGCCAUAGCACUUGACCCCAAGAACCCUCUCUGCAAGUUCCACAAGGCAACCAUUCUCUUUGGCAAACAGAAACAUAAAGAGGCAUUAGAAGAACUCGAGGAAUUGAAGAGAAUUGUACCAAAAGAAUCUCUAAUUUACUUCCUUUUAGGAAAGGUGUACAAGAAGAUGGGCAGUACAGACUUGGCUCUCAUGAACUUCUCCUGGGCUAUGGACCUGGACCCUAAGGGGCUCAACAACCAGAUCAAAGAGGCCAUUGAGAAACGUAUCAACGCUGACGACGAUGACUCCCUCGCCAGACUCAGUGAAUCAGACAUGCCAGGAAUUGAUGCGUCUGGAAGCAACUCGUCUCUGAUGGAUCCCGACGACAUGCUGCAAGCUGUGGAGAGUGACGAGUCAUUGUGACACACAGCAGAGUACCUCUACGCCUCGGUGUGAUCACCCUAGCAACCUGAACACCCUAGCAUGCAAAGUCACCACAGGGUGAACGCCAUAGCAACAGCUUUGUGUAAUGUCCAUAGCAACUGGCUGUCAUAGUCAUUUGAACUGCUAAGCUACUAGUGAUCAUCUUUUCCAUAGCGAUAAGGUGUAUGUAUAGUGAACUCUCUGCAAAUUCGGAUCAUCUUUAUAAGUCAUUAGCAAUAAAGUGUAUGUAUUUUGAACUUGUUUGAAACUGGGGGUCAUCUUUGUUUUUCAGUCCUUAGCAAUUAGGCUUUUUAUAUUGAACUCUGUUGUCAAUUGGCGAGCAUCAUAAGUGUUUAGGUUCUUGUAUAUUACAACAGUGGAAUACCUUGAUUGGACUUGAGGGUGGGGGUCAUUUUUGUUUGACCUUCUUAGAAAAUUAGAGUCUUCUUGGUGUGAGCUUUGAAACUAUGGUCCAUAUUUGUUUUAAGGCCCAUAGAAACUUGAGGUCAUGGUAAUUUGAUGUCGUAAGCAACUGGGGAUCAACUUUGUAUGAACUCUGUAGCAACCAUUAGCAGUCUCCAUGUGAAGGUUAUACCUCCUUUGAUUAUCAUGCUGUUAACAUCGUCUACCUCUUAAUAGUUUCAUGGUAAGUGCCAUCUUCAUCUAAAAUAGCCAAAGGGUUCACAAUUUGGUUUACACAUGAGCCGUGCUGUGUGAAAAGGGGGUUUAAUGCAUGUCCGUAAAGUACUGUCCCAGAUUAACCUGUGUAGUCCGCAUAGCAAAUCUUCAUAGCAAAAAUCAAGUUAAGGUGGAAAGUGAUUAUGCUUAUCUAACACAACACUUAACGCAUGUGCAUUAAACCCCUUUUUCACAUACCAGGACCCAUUUUUUAGACAUGGACAAAAACACUGUAUGUAAAGGGCUCGUUGUGUUGGCAUUUUCAUUACAAUAUAUGCAGAAAAUGGUAUUUUUAUGCCCCAGGUAGGGUGGCAUAUAGCAUUUGAACUGUCUGUCUGUGAGUCCGCCCGAAAACUUAAACAGUAGCCAUAACUUUUGCAAUAUUGAAGAUAGCAACUUGAUGUUUGGCAUGCAUGUGUAUCUCAUGGAGCUGCACAUUUUGAGUGGUGAAAGGUCAAGGUCAUCCUUCAAGGUCAAAAAUCAAAAGUUACAAUCCAAGGGAAGUAAUUAGCUUUAAAAGGGACAUUAUUUCUAAACCUGCCAAAUAAUAUAUUGAAAUUGUAUUUCAAAGCGGCGCUAUAGGGGGCAUUGUGUUUCUGACAAACACAUCUCUUGUUGAUUUGUAUGCUAUUAAUUAUGAAAACAUGUAUGUUGUGUAUGUGUGAGGCACAUACUGUGAUAGCUGCUUGUCUGGGAUCAGUUAUCUGAACAAUCUAUGUGCUAUAGGAAUUGUAUGCCUGUAUUUAUUCUUGUGAAAAGGAUGUUUGAGAAUCACAGUGUCCCUCUUACAAAUAUCUUCAUUAGGAAGAUUUUUGUUAUCCUUUUGAAAGGUAUUUUUGUGGAAUGUCGGGCCUCAAGUGAAAUCUUUCAUGUGUUCUUGCCCGCAAUGAAAACUCUGAUCUUCUGUAUUCUUUUGUCUCAGCAAACUGAUUAAUGGCUGAGUGCUCGAGCCCUCUGUUACGGUGGAAACAGUGGUAUCAGCUUGAAAUGUUCUGUUAAACAAAUAUUUUUUUAUUUUAUGCGUCUGUCUAUAUACUGACUCGUCAUUUGUACUUUGUAACAGAAAAGACUUUCAUAUCCUCAGAUGAUUAGACCAUCAUUUCUCAUUUUGAUUUAAGUUUUCUUGUCCUUUCAGUUCCUUUAUAGCACAAUUUGUAGUCAUUUAAUUUCGUAGUUCAUGUUUAUAGGCUUUUUCACCUAAUUUUAGCAUGUUAUAUACAUUUCAUAUGUUCUGUGUAUCCAAAACAAUGUUGUGAUGUUUUAAAUUCAAUAUUUAUUUAAGAUCUGUUUGUAUUAUUAGUUUCUAGUGUUAUCAGUCAGUACUUGUUAUUUAAUACCUUACGAACUUCAAACUGUUCACUUGGAACUGGUAUUAUUUUUUGAAGUAUGUUUGUAAAUGGUAAAAGAGCUCAAAUAAUUGUGAUCAUAAAUUAACAUUCUGGUUAGUUUUUUUCUCUCCAAUGUUAUAAUGUGACUUGUUUUUUGUUUUUUCAACUGAUGCCAAGUCAUAUAUCAAUAUGCCAUUCAGUAAGUUGGAUUGUUCUUGUGUCCAUCUAUACAUGGUUAACUCUAAAUGACAGGUUUCUUUUAACAUCUUGUGUCCAUCUACCAGGUUAAACCUAAAUGACAGGUUUUGUAUAGCAUCUUGUGUCCAUCUGUACCAGGUUAACCCUAAAUGACAGGUUUUGUAUAGCAUCUUGUUUCCAUCUGUACCAGGUUAACUCUAAAUGACAGGUAUUGUAUAAAAUCUUGUGUCCAUCUGUACAACGUUUAUUUAAAAUGACAGGUUUCUUUUAACAUCUUGUGUCCAUCUGUAUAAGGUGAAUUCUAAAUGACAGGUUUCUUUUAACAGCUUGUGUUAAUCUAAACCAGGUUAACCCUAAAUGACAGGUUUCUUAUAACAUCUUGUGUCCAUCUGUACCAGGUUAACCCUAAAUGACAGGUUUUGUAUAAAAUCUUGUGUCCAUCUGUACAAGGUUAAUUCUAAAUGACAGGUUUCUUUUAACAUCUUGUGUCCAUUUGUACCAGGUUAACCCUAAAUGACAGGUUUCUUUUAACAGCUUGUGUCCAUCUGAACCAGGUUAACCCUAAAUGACAGGUUUCUUUUAACAUCUUGUGUCCAUCUGUACCAGGUUAACCCUAAAUGACCGGUUUCUUUUAACAUCUUGUGUCCAUCUGUACUAGGUUAACCCUAAAUGACAGGUUUCUUUGAACAUCUUGUGUCCAUCUUAACAAGGUUUAUUUUAAAUGACAGGUUUCUUUUAACAUCUUGUGUCCAUCUGUACCAGGUUAACCCUAAAUGACAGGUUUCUUAUAACAUCUUGUGUCCAUCUGUACCAGGUUAACCCUAAAUGACAGGUUUUGUAUAACAUAUUGUGUCCAUCUGUACAAGGUUAACCCUAAAUGACAGGUUUUGUAUAACAUCUUGUGUCCAUCUGUUCUAGGUUAACCCUAAAUGACAGGUUUUGUAUAAAAUCUUGUGUCCAUCUGUACAACGUUAAUUCUAAAUGACAGGGUUUUUUAACAUCUUGUGUCCAUCUGUUCAAGGUUAAUUCUUAAUGACAGGUUUCUUAUAACAUAUUGUGUCCAUCUGUACCAGGUUAACCCUAAAUGACAGGUUUCUUAUAACAUCUUGUGUCCAUCUGUUCUAGGUUAAUCAUAAAUGACAGGUUUCGUAUAUCUUGUGUCCAUCUGUACUAGGUUAACCCUAAAUGACAGGUUUCGUAUAACAUCUUGUGUCCAUCUGUACCAGGUUAACCCUAAAUGACAGGUUUCAUAUAACAUCUUGUGUCCAUCUGUACUAGGUUAACCUAAAUGACAGGUUUUGUAUAACAUCAGUAAUGCUUCCUGCAAACCUUUGAUACUGGUAUGGAUGCUAUUUUUCUUAACCCCCACCCACAUCAUUUGAUCUCAUUUUGACCUUUACAUUGGACUUAGACUUAUUCACAAAUUCUUGGUUUACCCAUUCUGAUAAGUUUUGUUUAACAUCAAUACGAUUUGCUACAAAACUUUGAUACAUGCCUGGAUGUUAUCUAUGAACACUCAACAUGUCCACAUUUUGAUGCUGAUGAUAUAGUUAACCUACUUUUUGUUUUGGGCUAAUUCGGAAUGUCCAAAUUCUUUAUUAACCCAUCAUGCAUGUUUGAUUAAAAUCAAUACUUGUUAUUUGAAAUUUAAUUGGACCCUCAGCACACUCAUAUCACAUUACCUCAUUUUGACCUUGGCCUUGACAUAAUUUUGAACUAAGUCUUAUUCAAAUGGGCAAUUGGAUCGAUAUCGACAUGGUUUCCACAGAAGGUAUCAGUAUUUUUUUCCCACUGGAUCUUGUAGUGUUUCACGAUGAUAGAAGCUAGUGACAAGCAAAUUCGUCGAAUUGACAUCCCCUGCCAAUAUGCUUCUGGAAACAAAUGUGUUAUAUUUGACACUCAAAAAAGCAUUUUUUCUAGAUACAAAGGGCCAUAACUCUGUUAUUAACAGAUGGUGUACAAUGCCAUUUGGUGGGCAUCAUCCUCUUCUCCAUAUAUAUACUCAUACCAAGUUUCAAUAAAAUCAACCAAAGCACUUCCAAGAUAUGGCUGCUGACGGAUGGAAGGACGGACAGACAACA